CGAACGAACAUAGCCUGAAGUCUAAUGUUACAACUUGUCAGCGGAGCCAUAUUGAGCUGGAAGCAUUUGAACGCAAACAAUCGCUAAAGCGGAUCGGAACCGCGGGGACUUACUUGUUAGGUACAUGAGAAGAUAGAAACACACAGACCCUUACAACGGGCCAUGUGGUUUUGGUUCUUGACGAUCAUAUAAAGAGGAGAGGAUCAUGUUGAGUUUGUUUGGACUGCGUAAAGACGCAAAAAAGCCAACAUCCGACAAAGAAGUAGAUGGAGGAUUUGUUAUCGUUGGAGAGACAGCUGACGAACAGAGGAGGAAAAUGCAAACAAUAAACAUUGUACAGCCAUCAACAAAUGUGAUAGUGCAGCGAUCCAAGCCUUCCUGUCCAUCUUCAGCUCAGCCCACCAACACAAAGGUUUGUGCCACAGCGGGGGCAGCUGAUUUGGCUACAAGCCUUCCAGAUCUUCUUGGGGACGUCCCCUUCACUUUGGCUCCUCAUGUCCAGGCCGUACAGGCAGGACUGCCCCUCAUCUCUGACAUGAUCUUUUCAAAUGAUAUUAAGUACAAUCUGGCUCAUUUCCAGUACGACUUUACUUUGGAGAACUCUGUGCUUCAUGAUUGCUAGUUUGUUUCAUUUUAAUAUCAAAAGUACACACUGAGACAAGGUAUGUAAAUUAGAUGGAACUUCAACAUAGUACAUGAAGUACAUACAGCAUCAGACAUUUAGCAUCUUUUGGUUUGCUGAGGAAGAGUUUUAGAAGUUAAAUGAAGUCACACGAAGAAAAGAAAGAAUGUAGCAUACAAAUCACAUGGCAGAGUUGCAGUCAGUGGAGAGUUCUAUGACUCAGCGAUCAUUGAAGGUGCUACUUACAGGUUUAUUGUGCAAUGACCCUGUAGUUUAUCAGUAGCCUGCAUUUCCAUGUAGAUUUAUGUGUGAAAUAUACUGUAAAUGCAUCUAGAAGUCAGUUGGUGAUGGAACACAAACAGUUUGAUGGAACCACUGAAGUAUUAUUAUUAUUAUUAUUAUUAUUAUUAUUAUUAUUAUUAUUAUUAUUAUUAUUAUUAUUAUUAUCAUCAUCAUCAUCAUCCCAUGAUCCCAAUGCGGUUCAAAUGGAUUUGGGUUUCACUGUAUAUAGCACAUAGCAGUACUAACUGCUCCUGAAGCUUGCCUACAGUGCAGUGCUUUUAUUAAUUAGCAAUUGGGGCUUAACACAAGACCAAAGACAUACAGUAGUGCUAAAUCAUGAAUUCUUCUUUGAAGGAAGGUUUCAAAGGAUAGUUUUAUUAUAGGGAGUUCCUUGUGCUAAUUGGAAUAGCUACCGCAAAACCUUACAUUUGUAGACAAUUAAAGACCUAAUUAUAAACCCUGUUUGAGAUGCAACAUGUUGGGAGUGUGUGAAUAUUUUACUAAUGUAAUCAUGCUGUCAACAUGAUGCACUUUCUUUAUGUGACGUACAGAGCAACAAAACCUCUCUGCUGUUAUUGUUGUGCUUUUCCAGAAAGCAUUUUAGAUUUAAAUACAGUCAUCUUUGCUUUUCAGAUGAAUCAGUAAACCUGACUACCAGUGACACCUGUCACAAGGUUGGGGCAUGUCAGCUAGCAGGUGAAGGGCGAUCUGUAAAAUGCAGUAGUAAACUAGAAACAUGUUCAAAUCUAAGGAUAAAGAUCUCAGCCACUUGUGUAUAAGGCACUGUGACUGAUUCUGUCUUUGUAGAAUUGCACUGUGAACAUUUGGAAGGAUGGGGUUGGACGUUACUGACAGCACUGAAAAAAAAAAUCUGAAACAGGGGCAACUGAAAUGUAAGAGACUGGAUAUCAAUUUCAUACCAGUGAUGAGAUUACAAUGGUAUGGUUUCACAAGUUUGAUCAAAUUCCACUUUUUUAAACCUACUAUGCCUUUUAACAUGUACUGUAACUUAUAUUUCAGGUUGUAUUGAAAUAAACUCUUUAUUUCUCA